AUGGCAAACUCCUCUAAGGGCGUCAGCCUGCAGGUCAAGAUCUACCUUAAACCGGAAGACCUGCCCAAGUUUUUCGAGCACUUCAAGCCGGCCUACGACCAGAUCAUCGCCGAGCCCGAGUGCACGUUCUUCGAGAUGUACCAGUCACAGGAGGAGCCCGGCACGCUGUUCUGGGUUGAAAACUGGUCCGUGUCGAAAGAAUGGCUUAUCCAGAACCAAUUCCCCAAGGAGUACUAUAAGCCGUACUUUGCGGCCACCGACCCUCUGCACAUCAAGUCGAGGGAAAUUCAGUUCCUGGAUCUUGUUUCAGGAUACUCAACUGCCAAACCGUAG